UUACUAUUUUCUGCUCUCAGGCACACCUCAUCAACUGGCUUUGCUCGAUCCGUGCUUACAAAACCCGAUCUCUGUCACAAUAUAUUUAAUCACUUAUCAGACCCUCGAUCUUCCGUUUGUUUCUUUCGACGGAGAAUGAUCCUUCGCAGGAGAGAAAAAGUUUCCCUGGAUAGCGACAAUGUCUAGGGUUUAUGUUGGGAAUUUGGAUCCCCGAGUGACUGAGAGGGAUCUUGAAGACGAGUUUCGUAUGUUCGGUGUUCUUCGGAGUGUCUGGGUUGCUCGAAGACCACCAGGAUAUGCAUUUCUUGAGUUUGAUGAUCGCAGGGAUGCUCUUGAUGCAAUUCAAUCAUUGGAUGGGAAAAAUGGUUGGCGUGUAGAGCUCUCUCACAAUUCUAAGGGUGGUGGAGGUCGUGGUGGUGGUGGCGGCGGCGAUGGACGGGGUCGUGGUGGUGGGGAGGACUUGAAGUGUUAUGAGUGUGGUGAACCUGGUCAUUUUGCUCGAGAAUGUCGCUUGCGCAUUGGUUCACGAGGCUUGGGAAGUGGACGGCGUCGGAGCCCAAGCCCUCUUCGACGCCGAAGGAGUCCAAGCUAUGGGUAUGGACGCAGUCCCCGUGGGAGAAGAUCUCCACGACGCCGGAGUGUAACACCUCCUCAACGUGGUCGCAGCUACAGCAGGUCCCCUCCAUAUCGCCGUGCCCGCCAUGAUUCACCUUAUGCUAAUGGUGACUAAAGGUGGGUGGUAUGUGAACUUGAAGCCAAGGUUGAAAUGACGUUAAAGUGCCAUCUCUGCUUUGCUGUAGUUCUAAUAGAUUUGCUUGAACGAACAAGAAUCAUGUUAGUUAUGUUCAUGUGAUGACAAUGGAUAUUGUUAGACACUUGGGUAUAGAUAGCAUCUACAAAGUGUUUAAGCCGCCAAAAGGGGUGAUUUGGACACCGUUUUGCGUCGGCUCUCUCAUCAGCUGACUGAAACUUGGAGGUCUCUUUCCUACUUUAAAUUGCUACUUUUACCUUUUAUAUAUUUUUAUCUCAACUUUGGUUACUUAGAUCUAUUGUGUUAGAGAUUCCUAAAAGGUUUACAUGUUUUGUUUUGAGGUAUAUUUUUCGGCUUAUACGGCAUCGUUUCGCUACAUACUGCAUGUUAGUGCACAUGGUUCCCCCUUCUCUGCCUCUGCACCAGUCAUCUAGUCGUCAUUGCUCCUGCAUCUUGGUUGUGUGCGCAACCUUUUUAGUGUACUCUCUGCGACAAAGCUGUUAACCUAGUUAACCUUUUUGUUAGCUGGUUCAUGAAGAUGAAGCUGUUAAUUGCUCUCCCUCUCUCAGCUUCUCUGCACCACAUAUGACAUAUCUACUCGUCUGCAUCUUGUUCAGCAUCUGUUAUGUAAUGAAAACUUAUCCAGAAACUUGGUUGCCUACGACCCUUUUAGAUGAUCUUGUCUGCAACAAAGCUUCUGCACUAGUUAACACCUUUGCGUCUCUAAUGGCUGGUUGAAGAAGAUGAAGUUGUUCAUUGCUCCUUCUGUUCUAUAUUUCCAAUUAUGGUUCUGAAUGAUUAGAAGUUCAGGGUAAUCAUUUUCCCAACAUAACGCCUGGUGCUUGGAAACAUAUACUGCGACUGACAUGAUAUCCCGUGAUACUUGUUUAUGUCCUUUCAGUUUGUGCACAAUGGUCCCUUAUUUUGCUAGUCUCUGUGAUGCUUGUAAUCUGAACGAUAUAGAUUUGCUUAUUGUUUCUGCACCCCAUUUACCCUGAACUCAUAUUCUUUUGUCCUGUUCUAAGUCUAGUGUUGAAGUAAAAAAGCUCCGGGAUUAAAUGAAGUAAUAUUAAUUCAGUCGAUUCUGAAA